AUGCCGCUCCAAACUAGAAAGCUAAAAAAGGACGGAAGGAAGAGGACAUACUCGCUGGUUUCGAAUACUACAGGCGCACAGACGGGUCCUGUCACAAGCCCCAAAACGGUGGAGAAAAGUUUCCCUUCACAACAGCCCAAUGGAUCAAGACAAGCCUUCAGUGCGCCUGCCGUUCCAAAAAUCCCACCACGGAAACCCGCAGAGCCGGCGAAGAAGCUGCCUGAUGUAUUUGAGUUCCUGGAAGAAAAUGAGGAAUCCUCUUCAGACUCAUCAUCCGCAUCGUCGGAGUCGGACUCUGAAUCCGAAUCCGACGAGGAGUUGGAGCCUCCACGCCCAACACAAGCCACCGCCAAAAUUCAGUCUCCCCAGCUACGGGCGAAUACUGUGUCGCAUGGAGUGUUGGUCUCAGGAGGAAACACACCGUCGAAGAAAGUCAUCCAAUCAGCUUUAGUGCUGUCCAACUCCCCCAAAGAAGCACGAGAGCCCGCACCAUCACCCGCGCCUUCUGCGGGCAAUCAAUUAGUUGCUCGGAAGAGACAACCCACUAGAAAACCGAGCCCGAUAUCGACCACAAAUUUCUCCCCUGGAAAAGGCCAAUUGGAAUUGUCCCGACCACCGCUCCCACCAUCUCCUCCAAGAAGUCCAGAAGAUAGUCUUCACUGUACGCCGACAAAGAGACGAGACUCAAACGUAUCGCAAGAACCAUCUGGAUACGGUCUUGUAGCUUCACACCUAACCAAUUCCCCCUCAGCAGAGAGCGGAACGUUCCCUCCGCUAUACCGACGCUUCGAGACCAUCAACCACCGCGUUCUUCUCCACCUCCAAGACGAGAUCUCCCAAAUGGAAGAAGAUCUACAGACGCUAGAUGAGUAUGAAGAAAUGCAUCGAGUGAACAUGGCCGAGCAGGAUGGCACAAAGCCCUUACCGGCUUCACGGCGGCGAGACGCCCAGUCCCAGGCCUAUUCAUCUUUACACUACCGUCAUAUGGAUCUCAUGAAAGCUUUGAUCCAAAAGACCGGACAAUACAACAACGCUCUCAGCGCCUACAGGAAAGUUUUACAGACACUCCCGCAGGCCUCGGAGCAGGAAAUCACGAGCUAUCGCAGUUGGAUGAGAGACCAUAAACCCGUCGCUGGGGUCGAGACGCAGUUCCAAAUUCACGACGCGGAUCUGGUCUCCCUUGCUCCGCAAAAGGCGGCUUCUGCCACCGUAGCACCUGUCUACACCGCCAUUAUAAUAGCGUCUGGUGCGCUCCUGCUGCCGUUAUUGGCAUUCAGCCUCAUUGUGGAGUUCUCUGGUCGUCUGGUAGUUGUGACAGUCGUUGGUGGCGCCGCGGCGGCCAUAGCGGCGAAUUAUUCGUCUGGUAUUGACACGCUAGUUGACUCGAGAGAUGGCUGGCGCUGUGCUACAAUGUAA